ACCAGGAAGAUCCCGGCUCAGUGACGCGCUUUCUCCAUCGGGUCUCGUAGGGAUCCGUGUUUUGCAUUGCUCCCCAAUUUGCAUUUCUUUCUCAGAUUUUCCGUGUUACGUUCCAGCCGCCCAAAACCUGAGCGCAUACCUCCGCAAUUGUAUGCCUUCCAAUUUCCCCAAGUUGCACGUUUGGAAACCACUGGAAAAUUUGAAUAUUGUUUCUAUGCGAAGCCAGUGAAGUGGAGAGGGGAAAUUCGGAAAUUCGCAUCCACUUGCUGUUAGGCUACACGUGCUGGAGCUGGAGAGGUAGGCACAAUAUUAUCGCGUCUGAGAACGGCAGUGUGGGAAAUUUGCUGUCAUUCCACAUCGGAAUUGAGGAUUUCUUUGUGUAGGCUGCCUCAUUUGGCUUAAGGGUCGGUUGAGUUAAGACGUUUAAGCUAAAUAUGUCGGAAGUGCUACCGUACAACGAAGAGAAAAUGACUGCUUAUGGCAGUGAGGGAGACGAAGACCACCUUUCCUUCACCUGUCGCCUACAAGAUACCAAUAACUUCUUCAAUGGUUCACAAAAUAAACGACCUCCAAAGCUUGGACAGAUUGGGCGAAGCAAAAGAGUCAUCGAAGAUGACACAGGUGCCGAAGGGGCGUUGGAGAAGCCGACAGAGAAAUCGAACCCAUGAGUGUAGAAGAGAAACACCCCGCAAUGGCACCCAAAGACUCUAUUUUGUAUAUUUACCAUUGAUGGUUUCUACCCAAAGACAGUGUAACAAAGCACCCUUUCCCCUCCAAGGCAGCAAGCACUGAGCGUAACCCUUCGACAUCAUCGCCACCAUGUUCGCUGGACCUGCGUCUGGCUCGGCAGCAAGCAAGCACACUGAUCCGCAGACCGGGGGAGUCUGCCCAUGUGCAUGAUGGAGAUUUACGUUUUUAAAACAAAAAAAAAGUGCUCACACACACACGCACAUAAACACGCACACGAACACUUUUAUUUUUCUCUCACACGGAAUCUGAAGCAAAGUUGACAGAGUGUGUUUUAGAGAGCGAGAGAGAGAGAGAGAGAGAGACUGCAAUAGUUACCUUUUUUGAGGUUUAAGAGUGUGUGUGUAUUUUUACACCAGAUCAGCAUGUUCAGUCUGUGGUUUGGUGCACAAAUCCAGGGGAUGAGUGUGUGGACGGAGACACUCUCUGAUUCUGAUAGCAAUCGUGACUUUCUUCCAGUGAAGGAUGUAAAAUGAACACAUAGAGGAGAGAUAUUUAUUAAAUCUUUGGAAAUGUUUUUCAGUGUUUUAAGUCUGAGCAACUGUUUUGUAGGAACAGGAUUACAAAGAUUUUGUUCAGUUUUUUUUGUUUUGUUUUGUUUUUCUUUUGUAAAUGUACUGAAUUUUGAUGUUGCUUGACCGUUCUAAAACCAUCAGCUCCUAACGUCUUUGGCGACAGGUUAUUUUAUACAUUACACAUAUUUAUAAGCUAGCCAGGCUCGUCUGGAAGGUCAUUAUUACGAAUACUAAUAAUCUAGAGGAACUAUUUCUAUUGUGUAAAGUACUAUUGUAGGUGUGCCAAACCCCUAGUGGCGUCAUGUUUCUCCUGUGCACCCUGCACAAGCACAUGUUAUUUUGGUCAUGUUUACAGGGCUUUUUCAUAUCGGUGGUUAACCCCCCCCCCCCCCCCCC